AUGGAGAUUCUGGUCAGUUUGACUGUUUCCAUAUGGCAUGUAAUUAAACAUUUUUUUUUUACUUGUUCAGAACUGAAGGUGGAAAAUAACACUAGAUUGCGAGAUCAGACAGUAGAACUGGCCUGUGAUUCUCUCUGCAGCUCUAAAGAUUGGGUUUACUAUUGGAAGAAUGGAAAUCAAAAAUAUAAUACAUUGUCCAGCAAGACAGCUGUGGUACCCAACAAAAAUGCUUACAGCUAUUCAUGUUCUGUUGACCAAGACAUUAAAAAUCUUUCCUCCUCUGUAUGUGUUACCAAGAGUGGCUGCUGGGAUGUGUCUUACACCUCUACAAGAGUCUGUGCUUUGAUCAACUCAACAGUAGACAUUUCCUGCACAUACACACAUCCCUCUGAUUAUACGGUUAAUAAAACAUUCUGGCAUUACGCACAGCCUGGAGUCUUCAGGGAUCUGCGUGAGGAGCGUCAGUUUGCUGGUCGUGUGGAGUUUGUGGAGAACAAACUGAGAAUCAAAGAGCUCAAGAUCAGUGACUCUGGAGAAUAUAAAUUCAGGAUCAUCACCGACAAAAAAGGAGGAACAUACUCUGGUUCACCUGGAGUCCUUCUUACUGUUACUGAUACGCAGGUGAUAAGCAGCCCAGAUACUGUAUCAGAGGGAAAAAAAGUGAUAUUAAGCUGUUCAACUAAAUGCACUCUGAGUAACAAACACACUUACAUCUGGUACAAAAACGGACAGCAUGUAACGCAUGGAUUCACUAAAGACAACAAGCUGUACCUGGACUCAGUCAGCAGUGAAGAGCUUCAACAGUUCUCCUGUGCUGUAGGAGAUGCAGUUUAAACAGGAGGAGAAAGAAUAAGUCAUCUGAGCAGCAUGAUGACACAAAAGAGGCUGUCCAGUUGGAAUCAUCCCCAGUGUAUAAAACUGUUGCUCCUUUGUCUACGGUCAGCACACAGCAAGAUCACAUAAAGGAUCAGGACGUUCAUUACUCAAGUAUACGUUUCAAAAAGUCAAACUUUAAAAACACAUCGGUGGUGACAACUGCUGUACAGUCAAGCACGGAUGAUGUUCAUUAUGCUGCUGUGAAGUUUGGUUGAUAACAUAACACCUACUGUGCAUUCCAACCGUGCACAUUCUGAAUGAUACAAAAAUUAAGCUUCCAUUUAGAUAACAAACAAAUUAUAUUUGACAAUCAUUUAAUAGAUUAAAUGGGUUUCACAGUUCAAUAAUUUAAUAAAGGAGGGCUCACAUUUUAUAGUAGCUGGGUUACUGAGUUAAAUUUGUUCUGUAAAGAAUAUUAAUUAGUAAAUUCCAGUAAUAUAAUACCAGUUACAAUUCUUUUGUUUCGAGGAAUGUUUUACACUUUGAUCUUACAUUGAGAGACAUUAGCUCUGUCUCCGUCUAUUCUGAGGUUCUAA